GGGAACAAUGGUGCUCGCUCGCAUCCUUCGCUCCAGAACCCUUCGAAACCCCAUUCUAAACCCUAACCCUAGCUUCUGCUUUUCAUCCCUUCAACCUCCGAAGCCCCAAACCCUCUCCUCGAUCUUCGCCACUCCCUCGCCGAGCAAGAAAUCCGCGAAUCCCACAGCUGCCAAUGCCGAGCAGAAAAACAAGAAGAAGAAGACGAAGAGUAGUGGAGUAUCCCCGCCCUCCAAUCCUUUGCUUGUUUCUAGGGUUAUGGCGGUGAAGGGCUUUCCUAAAGAUAUCCCCACCGAGAUGCUUUUGCUUGUGAAGCGGUUCCAUGACGAGGGGCUCUUACAGAACGCGAAUUUCAUGGCGGACGAUGGCGAAUUUGAUCCUCUGAAGAUCCCGCGUAACUGUAAUUCUCGAAAUUUCUUGAAGGUCGCUGCGGAGAAGUUUGGCCUGGCUCAUCAGGAAAUCGCAAAGUGGCUGUCUGGUAGUGAUCUAAAGAAAGUUGCCAUAUUUGGUUGCCCAUCUGUUGAUAGAGGAACUGUUUUUGCAGCUAAAAGAAUGCGUUCCUUUUUCAGCAUUCAGGAAGAUGUUACAUGCCGAGCUUGUGUGCUUAAAAAUGCCUGUCAGUUUGUAAAUAAAAAGGUGGGUAGAGUGGAGAAAAUUGUGCUGGCUGAUGUGAUGAGACUCCUUACAAUGUAUGCAUUGGACUCCAUUCCUCAACAGUUACAAGUUCCUGAGGAUUUAAAGCUUUCUGCUGGGAAGUUGUUGAAAGAUGUAGUCAACCUAAGUGACUGAAAGUGCAAAAGAAGCCUAGUAUUUGAGGUAUUAUUUCACUUGCUUGGAAAUUUAUAACAUCCACAUUUUAAUCUCAGCUCAGAAGCUAUUGUACCAAUUGGGACCUUAGAGAUACCUUUUAUGUGUAGAAGUGUUCAUUUUUAUUUCAUUUUUAUUUCGUUAAUGACAACAAAUUUUGCUUAAAUGUGUAUACGUGGGAUUGUGUGUCUAUGUCUUAGUCGUUGAAAUUUAAAUUUUGGUUGAGAAUCAGCCAAUAACUUUGCUUAA